CUUGGGUUUGCAACUGUUUGUUUCAGAACUUGAAGAUGUUUUAAUAAGAAUUUAGUUGUCAAAAACUAGGGCUUCAGUGAAAAGACAUCAGGGAUUUAAGUCCAGGCUAGGUGAUAAUUUCAGCUGAACAGGAAAAAAGGUUCCCAUGCAAAAGUGCACGUAUUUCUUAGCCUGAGUGAAUACCCAUGCUACACCAAACAUGAACACCUUCAGGUCUUCUCAGUCACUCUGUUGGAAAGCUCUAAUGGGCACUGGACCCAGCAGCAAAGGACAAACCGGUUACAUCCACCGUGGAGUUUUGCCCGUCUUUUCCCUCCAGCUCAGUCCUCUGGGCCAUAUUUUUGGUUCCGACCAUUUUUGGCCUACACGUGCCUUCGCUUCAGGAGGGGGAAGACAAGGUAUUAAGAAAUGGUUCAGCCAGAGCUUCCUGAAAUGUGGGAUUGUUCAUUUCCAUCUGUUACUGUGUCCUAAGAGACCAACUAUUUUCUCCGUCUUUCCCAACCAGCCCUAACAACUGUUAAAAGAGUUUGUAGACAUCCUCAGUGCCUAAUAUGGCAACACCAUUUGCCGGGAGCUGUAAUACUUUGCUCAAGACUGAUUGGCCAAGACACCAGCCUUGGGCUUUCAAAACCACAUAAAAUAGCCCAGGCAGCUGCUGCUCAAUGUCUUUGGUUCGAUCAAAGAACACCGGUGAAACAGCCGCAAAAAUGACAGCUCUGAGCCUGGUCACUCUGGUCAGCGUGGUGUCCGCUGUUUUUGCCAAGCAGCUGGAGGCACACCCGCCCCAACAACAGCACAGGCACUGGGCACAGAUCUGCAGCGGGAAUCCCACCAACAAAAUCCGGGGAUGCGAUAGAUACGGCUGUGGCAGUUUCGGCGCCGACAGGCACGGCAGUAAGGGCAAGCACACGGGCGUGGAUGUCAUCUGCGCCGACGGAGCGACGGUGUAUGCUCCCUUCAGCGGCCAGCUCUCCGGACCCAUCCGAUUCUUUCAUAACGGAAACGCCAUCGACGAUGGAGUCCAAAUCAGGGGAUCAGGUUACUGUGUGAAGCUUGUCUGCAUUCACCCCAUCAGAUACCAGGGCCAAAUCCUCAGAGGGCAACAACUCGGGAGAAUGCUGCCAAUGCAAAGAGUAUUUCCUGGCAUUAUCUCUCACAUCCACGUUGAGAACUGCGACCACUCUGAUCCUACUCAGCUACUUACGCCUGUUGUUCCACCAUUCCCACAACAAGACAGCAGAUGGGCAACAGUGUGCUCCGGGAAUCCUACAAAUGAGAUAAGAGGCUGUGACAAUUACGGCUGCGGAUACUACGGAGCUCCAAGACGCAACGGUAAAGGAAAGCACACGGGCGUGGAUGUCAUCUGUGCUGAUGGAGCAACGGUGUACGCUCCCUUUUCUGGCCAGCUCUCUGGACCCAUUAAAUUCUUCCACAAUGGAAAUGCCAUUGAUGAUGGAGUCCAAAUCAGGGGAUCAGGUUUCUGUGUAAAACUAGUCUGCAUCCAUCCCAUCAGAUACAACGGUAGAAUUUCUAAGGGACAAAUCCUCGGGAAAAUGUUGCCAAUGCAAAGUGUAUUUCCUGGGAUCACCUCUCAUAUUCAUGUUGAGAACUGCGAUCAUUCAGAUCCUACUAGCAAUCUCGAAAGGGGGAAAGGGCAAAGAGUGUGAAAUGGAAAUGUGGUAAAUUCCAAAUAAAUUCAUCUCAGCAUCCAAAAGUUGUUCUUAUCGUGUGGAUGGCCUAUCUCAGUGAGGGAAGGAAAAAAAAUGUAUUUUAU